AUGUUUUUCAAUAUUUUUCCAAAAAUAAGACAUAAAACACUCUUCCAUUUAAAGCAUUAUUCUGAUUCAUAUAAUCGCUUUAAAUAUAUUGGUUAUUUUUUUUUUCUAGAAAACAAUAAACUACAUAAUAUAACUAUUUUUUUUCAAGAUUAUAAAACAACGGUUGAAGCACCAGAACAAAAAAUACAGGGAAAACAACUACCCUUUCUUAAAAAAUAUAAGCCAGUAACUCCUGGAAGACGUGGACUUUGCCGUCCUUUGAAUAAUCAUCUUUGGAAAGGUCGUCCAAUACGUUUUUUAACGAUUGCAAAACGCAAAACUGGUGGACGUAAUAAUCAAGGAAGAAUUACUACACGCCAUCAAGGAGGAGGACACAAGCAACGCAUACGCAUUGUAGAUUUUGUACGUAAAACUCCUGGGCCACAUCUCGUCCUACGUAUCGAGUAUGAUCCAGGACGUAGUGGGCAUAUUGCAUUAAUAAAAGAUUUAAAGACAGAAAAACUUUCAUAUAUCUUGGCAGCAGAUGGUCUUAGGGCAGGACAUGUCGUAGAAAGCUAUAGAAUGGGUUUUAAUUCUUAUGGAGAGGAACAACAUGAAAAAAUUGAUUCGGGUACUUUUAUUACAAAAGCAAUUCAGCCUGGAAAUUGUCUACCCUUAUCAAUGAUCCCCGUAGGAACAAUUGUAUUUGCAUUAACAACGAAUAUGCAUGGACCUGCUAAAUUCUGUAGAAGUGCUGGAACAUAUGCACAAAUACUUUCUACAGGAAAUGAAGGCUAUGCCACUAUUAAACUACAAAGUGGUGAAUUACGAAAAAUAUCCGUUCAUGCAGCAGCUACCAUUGGAAUUGCGAGCAACAUUAAUUGGAAACAUCGAAAAUUGGGAAAAGCCGGACGGUCUCGCUGGUUAGGUAUUAGACCAACUGUCCGUGGUAUGGCGAUGAAUCCACGUGAUCAUCCUCAUGGCGGAGGGCGUGGUAAAAGUAAGGGUAAUCGACAUCCAUGCAGUCCAUGGGGGAAACUAGCCAAAGGCAAAAAGACUCGAAAAAAGUUAAAUCCAUUAGUCAUUAAAGGACGCCCUAGAUGAUAUUCAUAAUUGAAG